AUGCUGUCAUCCGGAGUAGAGACUCAGCCAGUUCCACUUGAUUCCUCCAUGUCUGCCGUGGUACAGGAAUUAUACUCUGAACUCCCAGUGAGUGUCUCCAAAGAGCUUCAUGCUGACCCUGAGCCAAGUGUGAUUCCAGAUGUAAAACCCGCAGCCUCAAGCUCUCUUAUAAGUCAGAGUAGGGCAGUGCCCUUGGAGCUGCAGAGGACUUGUGCAGAAAGUUGUUGUGAAGAAACUUCUGGCACCUUGGAUCAUGGGGGUGAGCCUGGGCGGUGUGGGCUGGUGGACACCACAGCAGGAGGUUCUGUGGCUUCUGGGAUCUUGGAUAGGGAAGAGAAAACCAAGAGCAUGGAGCUAAAGGUCUUCAGAAAUCAAGGGGACCAGGCGGAAAUUAUAAGAGACCCCUGUGAGGGAGCAAAGGAAGACCCACAUCAACAUUCCACAGCUGCUGAAGAAAAGAUCAGCCCAAGUCAGGAAGACCUCCUGAUGCAGUCAAGCAAAGAACAUUUAUGCACAGGGCUCCCUGAAGACUGUUUGAGGAACAAAGAAGGAAAUGUACAAAUUACAACUGGAACUCUGCUUAUAUCUACUGAAGAAGUACAAGGUAUGAAGGUCAAUGGGACUAAGACGGAUUAUAAUGAAGGACACAAGAAUGGCAAUGUGAGUAAAGGUCUCUCAGCUGGGUGCAGCGAAUACCCAGAAGUAGACAAAACCAUGACCAGUGGUGAGGUUUCAGAAACCAGCACAUUAGUUUCCCUAGAGCCUUUAACCUUUGUGGACCCUGGAUUAACAGAAGCAUCUUCUAAAGAAAAAGAAUGUGAAGAAUUAAAAACUUGUCCUUCUUGGUUGUCAUUAUUACCAGGGAACAGUGCCAUUUCCAAAGUGGACAGUGAGAAGGAAGAGUUGUCUAAGUUAAACCUUGUCUGUGAAGCAGAUGACAAUCACCAACAGAUUCUCGGCCACCAUAAUGAAAACCACAGUUUUGCCCAUGGCAGUCCCAGGGCCACAAGAAAUGUAGUUUGUGUAGAACCCUUAGAAGAAAAUUCUGACAUUUCAUAUUUCUCAUCAAGUUUGUCUGGUCCAGAAUCCAGAACAACAUCCUUAGAAACAUGUGGUUUUGAUGGCUUGCUGAAGGGAUCUGCUAAGAAGACAGACAAUUCCUGUUUUGAUGGGGGUGAUCAAAGCAAGAACUUGGCUACUAGAAGAGAAAAUGAACAGUUUUUGAACCUUAGGAGUGAAAGAGGGGAACUCUUUCUUGUUAAUGCCAGGCAACCAGAAGAGGAUGCUAAUGGUCAUUGUCCUGGUGAAAAAGAGACUGUUACCUCCCCAAAAGUGAAUAUUCAUGGUAACUGUUGCAUUCAAGACAGUAUCCAUACAGACAGCCCUGUUUCUUUAGUGCCCAAUUCUUUCACCGAAGCCACGGAAGUAGCGCUAAAAAAAAAUGACUUAAAAAUCACUUUAGACACUCAAGGUAGCUUGACAAACCAUGAGGACCAUAGAGGAACUUCUACGGAUAUGAGCCAUCCAGGUAGACACUCUGAAGAGAACAGUUUUUCCUCCUUAAUGCAGAUUGAAGAGCCAGAACAGACAACCACUAUAGAGCCCAAUAUGGUAACUGAAAAGAUUUACAGUAAAGACUCUAACUCCUUAGUCUGCACCCAGAAAAAUCUGGAAGGCAACACCCAGUUAAAUGAAGCAUCAUGUAAUGAAUUUCUGAAUGAAAGAAAAUCCCUUGUGAGUUUAAUGCCAGAGGACCAGAUAAGUCCUAUGAAUGAGGUGUCAAAACCCAAGAAAGAUACUGCUCAGUUACCACUAUCCCUAGAAUUUGAUUACAGACCUGAGUCAGAGCAAGCUGUACAGACCUCACUGGACGAUAGUUCACAUUUAGAUGAUCAGAGCACUGCCUGUGAGAUGAAUGAACUUCCUCGUACCAAUGAACUGGUUAUAAACAAAAUAGAAAGUGAAUGUGCUUUAAAUCAAGUGCCCCUUAAUUCUCAAGACCAUGCAAAGUUGUCAGCUAACAAAGAGAUGCCUUUAGCAACAAGCGAGGAUUCCCAACAGAGCCAUCACCCUCCAUUAGAGGAUGGAGCAGAUGUCACUGCUGAUACCCAGACCAUUCCCAUCAAAACAAAAAUGAAAGACAUCUCUCCAUCAGGUGACAAAACCUGUGGUGCCUCUUCAAACAAUCCCACCUUAAACAUCAAACCAGGAAGCCUAGAAAGACAAGACAAGAUGGCUGAUUCAGGAAUAGUACAUCUACAUUCCAGCCUUCUCGCAAGAAAGAAAGAAUCAGCAGUCUUGCCUCAAGAGGUCUCUGCUAUGGAAUGUCAGAGUGUUCAAUCUCAGGAUCUCUCUAGCUGUCAUUGUGUAAAUAAAAAUGCACGAGAAAAGAGCAUGUGUUCUGUUUGUGCUGCGUGUGAGUCCAGCAGAAUCAUCCUAGAAGUUGAAAACUCUUUAAUAACCAAGUGUGAAGAUGCAUUUCAGCACAGCAAUGACCACUCCCAAAGAAGAGAAGUCUGCACAGAAAGUAGCACCCAUAAAGUGGGUUACACAUCAGAAGAAAGUGAACUUGCUAGGGGAGAAACUAAAGGCAGCCUCCCAGGAGAUAAGAUCAGAAACGAUACACCAGUAGGCAUGUUAAGUAGUGAAGCUUCAGACAAAACCAUUCCCACCACCAGUCACACCCAGCCCCGUGAGGAAGGUCUGAAAGCAAAGGAAUGGGAUGUACCUAAAGAGACUGUGUUUUGCGAGUAUAACAUCUCUGACUGUUCCACACCAGAACUAAAUUUAUCUGCAAACAUUCCAAGCCCUGAAAAAUUUUUGGACCAGUCUCCUACUAUUAUGUUCUCCAGUUUCAAAACCAUGAGCCAAGCAGUUGAAACUCUUGAGCAAAAAGGAGAUAAAGUUCUUGACUGCCAGAAUAACCAAAACAGACCAGAUGAAUGCAGAAGUGAAGAUAAACCAACUAAGCAGACACUACAUGGUGAUGAGAGGGAGACUGUUACAGAACCUAACAGAGAGGUAAGCAACAAUCAAAAGGAUCUGUUAGUUGGUUCAGGCAGUAACAACCCUUUGUCUGGUGGUAGUUCAAAGAAAGGCAAUUUGAAAGGAGACGAUGGACAUAUUUCUGGUUGUGAGGAGUCCACAGAUGGCAUGGUAGACACUGUCUACACAGACUGUGGUAGUAAGUCUACAGAAAGCAUGUUGGACUUACAAACAUCUAGUACCCUUGAUGGUGGUGCAGGACAAGAUGGGCUGACGUUACAGGAUACCUCAGUGAGUACCCUGCCUCAGAGAGGAGAACUGAAUGCUGCAUUUAUCAGAAUGAUUGACCAGGACUCAGAUUUUCCAGAUGCUACUUCCUCUAAAGUGGAGCCUCUGGAAAUGAAAAAAUCAUGUGAAGAGAAAGUAUGCAGAUCAUUAAAAGAUUGUGAAGUGGAAGUGUGUCCAUGUCCAGACUCUUGUGCCAGUGAGAUAGAGUCUAUUGCAGAUCAUGAAUCAAAUACAAAAAUAUUGGAUGGUAUAAAUGUGUCCUUAGAUAAUACUUAUCAUGAAGAGCAAGUUAAAGAAGCAUCCCUGAGAGAAACACAAGGAAUGAUUGAAGGAUCAAGACUGGAAAUAAAUUCUGAGUUUGACAAGGAAAAUACCUUUGGAAUUUCCUCAGAAGAGUUACUGUCUUCUGGAUGCCCAGAUGAGAGCCCUGUUCCCAUAGGGAGACUGAAAUCCAUUGAGACAAUGCCUUUGUAUCUGUUUUCUCAAGAAAAUUCAGAAAGUAAUGUUAAUAGUGGAGAAACUGAGCUGAAAAAACCUUUUAAACCAAAAGAUGGUAAAAUCCUUUGUGAAAACAUAGAGCACCGCACAGUCCUGCUUGAGACGAAGGAAGGAGUGCCAGGGGAUGGGAGUAAUUCUAGUGAAGGACUCAGAAUAGACAGCAGUAUGCAAAAUUUGCCUUUGACAAUGGAAACAGAAACUAAGUUGAAAGGAGAAGAAACUGAAGCACAUCAGAGGGGACCCCUGGGUUACUUAACUGUCAGUGAAGAGUCUGAGAAGAUGAUCACCAGAGAAGCUGGUAAUAAUAAAGGGAGAGAGAUUUCUCAGACCCACUCUAAAUCCCAGAGGAUGCUUGGUGAUACUGAAGAGCUACAAAGCCAGAGGGCUUUGGACUACAUGUUGCAGAAUGAAGAGGAAUAUCUACAUCAAAAAGACGCACACAGGAUAUUGGAACAAUGUGCAUCAUCUAAUGUGUUGUCAGAUGAAGUGCAAGAUAAGAACCAAACUAAGGAUUGCAAAGGGGAGUCCACCAUGAUGAAGGAAAUCACUCUAGCAAAGCUAGCCAAGGGUGACACUGCUGCACAGUUUCAGAAGCUGGAAAAUCCAAAGGAGGAAAGCUUGUGCCAUCCAUUAAAAACAGACAUGGUGUCAUACACAGAUCCUUGCCUUCGUGGUGCCCCUCAGAAAGCACAAAACCCCAACUCUGCUGGAUGUGAUGAAAUACACGGUGCCUUUGGGAACACUUCAUAUCAGAAAAGAGUGCUUCCCUUAAAGAAGCAGCCCCAUCGAACAUGUAAGAAAGUUUCCUAUCAGGAGCAAGUCAACAUUGGGAAAAAAAUAAGUAAAAUCAGAAGUUCUGCCUUUUUAAAGAGUUCCUCUGAAACCAUCCCCACAAAAGCACACAGAUUUCUCAGUUCAUGUGCUAUGUCUGCACCCGCACAAUUGGAACCUGAAACAGUACCAACCAGGAGCUUAAUGAGCCACAUACCAAAGCAGAAGGUGACUCCGUGCCAUUCCUUGAGGAGCCUGAAUGUUAGGAAGCCUACCAAAGAAUCAGCCUUACUAAACAAGCUGUCCAUUCUUGCCUCCAGACUGGUCCCCGCCACAAACACCCAGAAACUAAGAUAUCGGCGAUGUUCCUCUGAACUUCUUCCAGUGGCUAAAAGCUACAAGCGGCUCAGAUACAAAAGGUUUCUGGAUGGAUUUUCAUACAAUACAAUGCAGCUGAAUCCAUAUUUGGCAGCUAGUGGAUGGGAUAAGAGACCUAACAGUAAGCCCUUGACACUUUAUCCGCUCGAAGCCAUCAAAAUGAGCUUCAUAGAUUUGAGCAACAAGGUGCCAUCACUGCUAUUUGGUUCCGAAAUUUUCCCGAUAUCUUUUCACAUGAAAUCGGGCUCUGAGUGCAUGACUGAGUCCCCAAGGACUUUUCCUGAGCACUGUGCUCCAGCCAGGCUCGCCUUAGGAGAGGCCCCUAGGUGCCUGUCUCAACCUCCCAAAUGGACCUUUUCUUUCUUCUUAUCCCACAGUUGCCCUGGGAUGGCCACAUUCAGGGAAGACACUGGCCCCCAUGGUCAGGCAUAUGCCCAGGCUCCUUCACAGCCUCCAGGUCCUCUCCAAGACUAUGGAGGCACCGCCAUAGUCCAGACCAGAGCAGGCUGCUCUGUCCUUGGCCUUCACACACUUCUAGCACUUUGUUCUCCUGGAUGUUACCGAAUCUGGACAAAAAAACGGAGCUUCUCCAGUCACAUGCCUACAAUGCAGAGGCUCUUCAUGACCCAGUUUACACAAGGCUUAAAGGGGUUAAGAUCUCCAGCCUCCAUAGCAGACAAGGUCUUCUGUUCUCUGCCCUACUCGGUGGGCCGAGUGCUAUCCAUUUGGAGCCAGCGUGGGCCUUCUACCUGCCCCUUUGAAAUCUCUACUUUUCAUUCCACUCACAGCAAGAGGCAGCCAACUCUGAGCACCACAAACAGCCACACCAUGUUACCGUAUGUGCCUCUUCCAGGCAUGGAAGCUACUUAUAACACCAAUGGCAGUCAGAUGAGACUAGAGCCUCCGUUCCCUGCCUUGGUACCAAAGUCUUGCUUAGUAACAGACUCAGCUGUCACCAAGCUCCUGCUUUCAGCCUCCGAGUUCCCGGUUCCUGGAUUUGAUGAGCUAGAUGAUGUGGCAGCAGCAUGCCCCCAUCCACAGAGCAGCCCUCCAGAACAGAAGGAGGCCGAGCCAGAGAAGAGGCCAAAGAAAGUCUCACAGAUUCGUAUCCGGAAAACCAUUCCUAAACCAGACCCUAAUCUUACCCCCAUGGGCCUUCCUCGACCCAAAAGAUUAAAGAAAAAGGAGUUUAGUUUAGAAGAAAUAUAUACCAACAAGAAUUAUAAGUCUCCUCCUGCAAACAGGUGUUUGGAGACCAUCUUUGAGGAACCUAAGGAACGAAAUGGUACGCUAAUCUCAAUCAGCCAACAGAAGAGAAAACGAGUUCUAGAAUUUCAGGAUUUUACAGUCCCACGAAAGAGGAGAGCUCGUGGUAAAGUCAAGGUGGCAGGCAGCUUUACCAGGGCCCAGAAGGCAGCUCUGCAGAGUCGAGAGCUGGAUGCUCUGUUGAUACAGAAACUAAUGGAAUUGGAGACCUUUUUUGCCAAGGAAGAGGAGGAGCAGGAGCGAUCAUCUGGUUGUUGA